AUGGCUACUAUCUUCUCUGGAGGUUCAGCUUCUCCCUUUCUUUUUCUCACCAACAAGGGUACAUCUUUUACACCCAAAUCUCCAAUUCUCCAUCUCAAGAGAUCCUUCUCUGCAAAAUCAGUAGCCUCUGUUGGAACCGAACCAUCACUGUCUCCAGCAGUUCAAACCUUCUGGAAGUGGCUCCAGGAAGAAGGUGUCAUCACUGCCAAGACCCCAGUGAAAGCUAGUGUGGUCACAGAAGGUCUAGGAUUGGUUGCACUCAGAGACAUUUCUAGGAAUGAUGUUAUUUUGCAGGUUCCAAAAAGGCUGUGGAUAAAUCCAGAUGCAGUUGCAGCUUCAGAGAUUGGGAGAGUGUGCAGUGAGUUGAAGCCAUGGUUGUCUGUUAUACUCUUUCUCAUAAGAGAGAGGUCAAGGGAAGAUUCUGUUUGGAAGCACUAUUUUGGUAUUCUGCCACAGGAAACUGAUUCUACUAUAUAUUGGUCAGAAGAAGAGCUCCAAGAGCUUCAAGGUACUCAACUUUUGAAAACAACAGUGUCUGUGAAAGAAUAUGUGAAGAAUGAAUGUCUGAAACUAGAACAAGAAAUCAUUCUCCCUAAUAAGCGGCUUUUUCCCGAUCCUGUGACGCUGGAUGACUUCUUUUGGGCAUUUGGAAUGCUCAGAUCAAGGGCGUUUUCUCGCCUUCGCAAUGAAAAUCUGGUUAUAGUUCCAAUGGCAGACUUAAUUAACCACAGUGUCAGAGUUACUACAGAGGAUCAUGCUUAUGAAGUUAAAGGAGCAGCUGGUCUUUUCUCUUGGGAUUACCUAUUUUCCUUAAAGAGCCCUCUUUCUGUCAAGGCCGGAGAACAGGUAUAUAUCCAAUAUGAUUUGAACAAAAGCAAUGCAGAGUUGGCUCUAGACUACGGUUUCAUUGAACCGAAUGAAAGUCGACAUGCAUACACUUUGACACUGGAGAUAUCCGAGUCAGACCCUUUUUUUGAUGACAAACUAGACGUUGCUGAGGCCAACGGUUUUGCUCAGACAGCGUACUUUGACAUCUUCUAUAAUCGCACUCUUCCACCUGGAUUGCUUCCAUAUCUGAGACUAGUUGCGCUAGGAGGUACCGACGCUUUCUUAUUGGAAUCACUGUUCAGAAACACCAUAUGGGGUCAUCUUGAGUUGUCUGUCAGCCGUGACAAUGAGGAGCUACUAUGCAAAGCGGUUCGAGACGCCUGCAAAUCUGCCCUUGCCGGUUAUCAUACAACCAUUGAACAGGAUCGCAAGUUGAAAGAAGGAAAUCUAGAUUCAAGGCUUGCAAUAGCAGUUGGAAUAAGAGAAGGGGAAAAGAUGGUCCUGGAGCAAAUUGACGGGAUCUUCAAGCAGAAAGAAUUGGAAUUGGACCAGUUAGAGUAUUAUCAAGAAAGAAGGCUCAAGGAUCUUGGACUUUGCGGAGAAAAUGGCGAUAUCCUUGGAGACCUCGGAAAAUUCUUCUAA